GAGGGUUAGCUGCAUUCACGAAUUUUCAGGUCGCGCCUCCGCGACGCGCGCCCUCAACUUCGUGUAGGAGUAAAACUAUCUAUUAUUUAUUUUCAAGGAUCGAGAAAUGUGAUUUUUGUUUCUGUGUUAUUUUUUUAUUUAUUAUUUUGUACAUUCACCUACUGUCCGGUAAAUUUUGAAAUUUUGCUCCAGUCGCGGUGACUGGUGAUGUGUUGCUUUCAUCGCCAUUAAGAAGAAUCAUCAAUCACCAUUCCCAAGUCACGACAGAAAGCGCCACGAUGUACGCGGAAACGAAGAGAUAAGAAAUAUAAAAAAGAUAAAAGCCCCACCAUGUUUUCCUUGGCUGAGGGCUGUGGCUGUGUCAGCUUUCGCGGACGGAAAGCUAGGUCCUUGGGCGAUGACUCGUCUUCUUGUCGGAGUUCAGAGAUUGAACAGGAAGUCCCCAAGAAACUGGGCCGAAGAGUCCUCAAUGGCGAAUGCACCAUCAAGGCUCUUGCGCCGUUUCUUAAGUUCUGGAGGAGAGAUGACGUUAGCAUGACGAAAGCAGAAAGAACUAUGAAGGCGGCCAUCUUGAUUCAGCAAUGGUACCGAAGGUACUUGGCGCGGAUGGAGGUGCGAAGGCGGUACACUUGGACUAUAUUCCAGAACAUAGAAUACGCUGGAGAACAGGAUCAAGUCAAAUUGUACAACUUUUUCAAUGCGUUGCUGAGUCAUAUGAGGGAUACUAACGGACGACCAUCUUCGGAGAGGACAUCAAGGACCGCUUCAGUGUUGGAGCAAGUGUUUUCGGAGGAGUCUGAUGAGGGUGGAGGCGUAGACGAGACGGCGCCUCCGAAAUCGUCCCGAGGGCCGGACAUCGAGUUCCCCCUGCAGAGGAAGGAUAUCGACCAGCUGAUCGAAACUUUCAGAAAGAAAAAGAAUCGGCUGCAUCCAAAACACGUGGCCCAAAUACUGAAGGAAGCGACUCAAGUGCUGAAGCGACUGCCCAACAUCAACGUGGCGACCACUUCGAUCUCCAGCCAGAUUACGGUGUGCGGGGACUUGCACGGGAAGCUGGAUGACCUGCUCGUCAUAUUCCACAAGAAUGGACUGCCAUCGCCCGAGAACCCAUACAUAUUCAAUGGAGACUUCGUGGAUAGAGGAAAGAAGAGCUUGGAAGUGUUUCUGCUGCUGCUGGCUUGUAUGUUAGCUUUCCCUGGUGGGGUUUACUUGAACAGAGGAAACCAUGAAGACCUCAUUAUGAACUCUAGGUAUGGUUUCAUAAGAGAAGUGCAUCAAAAGUAUAGACAUAACGCAGAACGUCUGCUGAAGCUCAUCGAAUGCGUGUACCGGUGGCUUCCCCUGGGAACAAUCAUCAAUAAUCGGGUAUUUGUCGUACACGGUGGCAUUUCGGACACCACAGACCUGGACAUGAUACGCAGCCUUGAGCGAGAUAAGUACGUGUCGCUGCUCCGACCACCUGUCACGGAAAACUCCGCUUCCGGCGCCGAAGUGAUAGACAAAGUCGAGUGGAAACAGGUAUUUGACAUCCUAUGGUCGGACCCUCAAAGUACAGGAGGCUGUGUGGCGAACGCUCUCCGAGGCGCGGGCACCUACUUCGGGCCUGAUGUUACCGCUACCUUCCUGCAGAGGACCAAGCUUAGUUUUAUAGUCAGGAGCCAUGAAUGCAAGCCAGGCGGGUAUGAGUUGCUGCACAAUGGAAAUGUGAUAACCAUCUUCUCGGCAUCGAAUUAUUACGAACUCGGCUCAAAUAAGGGCGCUUACUUGAAGCUCUGCGGGAAUUCUUUGGAGCGUCAAUUUGUUCAAUACACAGCGGCGGUGUCAAGAACCCGGCGGCUGACUUUCCGCCAACGAGUGGGCUUGGUAGAGUCCUCGGCCAUGAGAGAACUACACAACCAAAUCAUCAUGGCCAGAAGAUCUUUGGAAGCUACUUUCCGGAGCAUGGAUCUGGAUCAAAGCGGGUAUAUAUCGAUCAGCGACUGGUGUACAGCUAUGGAGGAGACAACGCACCUGGGCCUUCCAUGGAGGAUGCUGAAGGAUAAGCUGGUGCGAACAGACCCCGACACCAGGCGGGUCCGAUACAUGGAUACUUUUGACCUCUCCACUAAUAAAAACGGUAGGAAGGCUGAUACUACAACAGUGGUAGAAACGUUAUAUAAAAAUAAGCGAAGUUUGGAAGCAAUCUUCAAAAUUCUUGAUAAGGAUAAUUCAGGUUUCAUAACUCUGGAGGAAUUUUCCGAGGCUUGUCAAUUACUUGGUAAAUAUAUGCCAAACCCAAUGACACAAGAGCAGUUGGUUGAUAUUUGUCGACUAAUGGACAUCAACAAAGAUGGUUUAGUGGACCUGAACGAGUUUCUGGAGAGCUUUAGAUUGGCCGAGAAAAGUUUGACCGACGAAGACAAUGAAUUAGCCGAUAUACAAGCUACUUGACAUGAACUAGACCGCCGCCCCAGCAGGACGGCGGUCGAUAAAGAUGAAACCGGUGUCCAAAUAGAAAUCCUGCGAUUGGACGAUGGGGACAAGAAAAUUGAUAAAAAUGGACAGGCUCAUUUGAUGGGAGAGUGCGUCCCGAGUGUCUCCAAAGAGAUGGACGACAUUGAGUUAAUUGAUUGCGAGGACACGCCGCGGCGGCCCGGCCUGCUGGAGAGCGAUAUAUGAACACGCCACUGCCUGCUAUUCAACGGAUCUUAAUAUUUUCUAUGCUAUAAAAAUUUGUAGAUAUUCUAAUAUUUAUAUUUCUACGUGUGCAUUUCUUUCUGUCAGUUACGUGUUAAAAUAUGUUUUCGAUGAUUUAAAAAUAAGCCUAAUUAAUGUGUAAUCGAAAAAGUAGAGUAUUUCUUGGUAGAAUGUGUAAAAGUGAUUUUACAAAAAAAUUGUAGUUUCGCUAUGUCUUAAAAAGAUAGGCGUCUUUUACUUAUAUAUACUUAUUUUUAUAAAAUAAAAGUAAUGCUACCAAACGAUCCUAUAAAUUUACUAUUAUAUGUAGUUAAAUAAAUAUUGGAAAUAAGUUUAUAAAUUGGUGCCAACUAUAAAGAACGCUUAGUGAAUUGAUAAAAUGUACUGUAUUGAUUGGCCAAUUACACUAUACCAAAUGCUAUUAUUUUGUCAAAACUAUUUAGUAUUGAUAAAUAAUAAUUAUCAAAAGGGAACAAUUAUAGACGAGUUUCAAAUUUAUUGGAUUUACAUACAUACAUAUAUUGAUAUUUUUGUAGUGGCCAUGACUUAAUGUAAUUAUUAAACUUGAUAUGCAUUUGACUUAUUGUACCUAAUAUGAAUAAGUAUCUGCUACAUCUUAACUUAAUGCAAGAGUUCCGUGUUUAUGAAUGCGCAAGAUUUAUUCAACUAAAAUAUCUUUUGACUAAGUAAUGUAGUGUAAGUCAAUCUUCUAUAGAAUACAUAAAUACUUAUAUAGAUAUGAAUUGACUCCAAAUAGGCGCGUGAUUCUAGUCGUAUGUAUAUAACUACGGUUUGCCAUACAUAUCUCUCAUACUCAUAUUAAAUUAUGCAUUCCAAUGUUUGCACACGAAACGAGUUAAAAUUAUAAAUUUCGACGUUAUGUAAUGACGAUUUUAUACUUAUAGUUGAUGUAUCAUUCAUAGAGUUUGACAAGGCGUUUCACAACAAGUGGCUUAACAUUCAUUCAUCGGAUUAUCUAUUGAAAUCAUAGAUAUCGGAAAAAUAUAAGUCAAUAGAAAUGUAUAGGAUGGUAUUUGGAACUAUAGGAAUGAUAUGUCGACGACUUCCAACAAUUUGACGCAAUUUUAAACGCAAUUGUAAUAUGAAAACGUUUAGAUCGUGCUAAUAGUUUGACUUGUGACUUCAAAUUUACCAGUAUUGAUCACUUCUAUCGUCAAAAGGAUACACCUGUCUGGAGAGGACUCCAGAGAGGUGAGGAUGCAACCGGGACUAAAGUCAAGAGGAAGAAGAAUGUCACUUCUAUUGUCUUAUAUUAUUAUGAAUUCUAUGGUUAAAACUUAGAUUUUAUUAUAAUUGAAUUAAUAUAUACUAGAUAUAAUUCAACGAAUGGAGACAUCUGAACAUAUAUUGUAGACAAAAAAAAUCAAAAGGUAAUUCGUUCACUAUGCGUACCUACACGUAUUGCUAUGGCAUUUCCUUACUUCACUAAAAUAGUUUCACCUACCUAAAAUAAUUAUAACUAUUUCAACUCCUUGUCCAAAAUAAAUAAAUAAAUUUCAACUCUCUUAGCACGUAACUUUUUCAAUCUUCUUGCUACCAACUAAAUGUAACUAUUUAGAUAACUAUCGGGUUUUUUGAACUCCACAUUAUCAUUAUUUACUUAAUACAGAUCUA